AUUAAGUCGGCCAUAUUGUAUGAAUAAGUGAGACGACAUCAUGAAAACAAUACUGAAAUUAACUAUUUAGCAUGUUAUCUUGUUCACAAGAGGAUGGACAAAGACAUUAACAAAACUGUUAUUAGUAUCAAGAUGCGUGAAUGAUAAAUCGUGAACUGGCACAGCCGUAUAACCACAAUGGGAGGGUUGGAGUUAUACGAUGCCAUCUACACAAAUGAUUUGGUUAAAUUAAGGAUAUUGGCAGAAACGCAAAAUUUAGAUCUCAAUGCCAAAUUUACCGAAGCUCGGAAGAAAAAUCAUUUAGACCUGAGUCCCAUUCACUUAGUAGCAUCCCGGGGAUUCUCUGGUAUGCUGCAAUAUAUGAUUCAUGAGGCGAGAUGUAAUAUUGAUCUCGCUACAGAGUGUCUGAGAAGAACUGCUUUACAUUUUGCAGUACUACGCCACAAGGUGGCGUGUUUUCAUAGACUUUUAGGUGAAGGUGCAGCAUUGAACUCGAGAGACACUUUCGGGAACACACCCUGUUCUUACGCUGCAGAUGAUGGUAAUUGUGACAUUCUAGAUGUACUCAUCCAAAAAGGUGCCCAGGUUGACGUGCAGGACAUCACGUUAAAGACCCCCCUCAUGAAGGCCGCUAGAAACGGUAAACUGAACGCUGUGAAACGUUUGAUUGCCGCUGGUUGUGCACUGAAUAUAAGAGAUAAGAAUAGUGACGUUGCGCUACACUUUGCCUCGAAAAAUGGCAACGGAGAAAUAGUACGUGUUCUAAUCGCAGCAGGCAGCGGUUUGAACAUCCAAAACCAGUAUGGACGAACCCCAUUAAUGGAGGCCGUGUACUACUAUCAGAAAGAUGCAGUGGCAGCGCUGAUUGAGGCUGGCUGCGACAUCAACAGGCAAGAAACGAAGACUGGUGACACUGCCAUGCAUAUCGCUAUCAAAAAGAACUACACUGAGGUUGUUGAUCAACUCUUGCAGUGUAAGGAUGUCCGUCUCAUACCCAACAGCACUGGGGAAACUGCCCUUUAUGAUGCCAUUGUCUAUAAUAAGUUCGACUGUCUCAAAUUGUUAAUAAAGUAUAACUAUGACCUUGAAGUUCCCGCUAAGAUGUUGAUGCAUGGUGCGCUAAAACGUAACAUUGAACUCGCUAUAGAGAGAAGCCUUUACAGCACGACGAGGUUGCUGGCGUACAUCUACUGCGAGACCCUCGUGGAACACACAAAUAACAUGGACGGCAAGCGUAUCCUCGCAGAUACCAGGACGGAUUGUUUUCCAAUUGCAUGUUCCUGUCUCAAGAGCUGCAGUAACAUGAUGUAUCGCAAGUCUCUAUGCGUUGUGCACCAGCUGUGUCGUGAUCUGCUCAAGUCUGCCAACCUGCCUCUUUCUCAACAAACAAGGAGCACAUUUGUAUUGAAACGCCAGAAUGACAUUGGGGCUGGCCAUGAUAAUGAACCUAACAGAAGUCGGUACAAAGCUAAGCAUUUCGUAUAUGAUCUCAUUGAAGACACAAAUCAACAGCCAAGGCCUCCUAUAGAAGUAAUAUUGACAGAAAAUGUAGAUGGUAUAGGUCUAAAGGGGGAUGUAGUGACAGUUAAGAGAAGUGUAUUCAGAAACCAGUUAUUUCCACUCGGUCAAGCCACAUACGCCUCCCCAGAGAACCUUGCAGAAAAUGAAAGAGAAAAGAGUAGCAGUGGUUAUAAAGAACAAACUGAGAGCAUUUAUACUGCCAUGACUUUAAGGCAGCUAGGGGGAAUGUUUCUAGCUGUUCCAAUGAAUAUUGAUCAUGAAUGGGCACUAAACAAAAAACACAUAAAAGUCGCUUUCAGAAAAAUAGGUGCUGUUGUACCAGAGGAGGCAAUCACUUUGCCUGAGGAACCAAUCACUAGCAUUACAGAUGCCUUCUAUGUAACAGUAACGGUGAAUGGCUGUCAGAAAGUUGAAGUGAAGACCAUGCUCUACCCAGUAAGUAAGGUACCUGGUAGGUGCCCCCCUCCUGAGCUCCCCAAGGCAUUCACUAUAACUACACCAAAGAAGCUUGCUAAGUUGAGACAAGAUGGCAUGGACCAAGUUCAAAUUGAUAGAUAGCCAUGUGUGAAAUGACACUGACUUAAUAAUGUGUGGCUAUUGAAUAUUGCAAUAUGGAUUGAGUGGAUUUUAAUGGAAUUAUCAAGCUAAACAUCAAGGAAUAAAGAUUCAAGCUUAUUCUGUAUUGAAGGUAGGAGUUAGUUAAAGAUUUCAGUUUAGAGAUGGAGAAAGAGAAACAAAUGUUUAUACUAUACUACACUGCUUGCACUAUUUUGGCUACCUUGUUUAUAUCCAAAAAGGAAAAAAUAUAUGGGAUAUUCCGCAAAGACCCAACCACAAAGAAUCAAAUUUUGCUCAUUCAGAUUAAGUCACAAAUCUUCCAUCUGUCUGUCAAUUCGUUCGGCUGUCCAGGCAAUAAUUAAAAUACCAGUGGGCGAAUUGGGUUCAAAUGUUAUAGGCUGAUGCCUUAUGGGAAUAGAGCUUCUGCUAGAGUAGAACUAAAUUCAAAAUGGUCAAAUUUUUUAUAAAAAAUUUAAUCUGAUAACUAAAAUACCAAUGCACAGAUUUGGU